GAAAAAUAAAACAGUUAUAAAAUUUACAACAAGAUUAACUUGACAAAACUAAAUUAUUGUUUCUAGAUUUUUUCUUACAGUGCCUCCAGUUAGCCCCAGUUUGUUUUUCAUUUUUUAUACUUACAUUAAUCUUCUAUUUCUUUGUUCUUAGACAGUAGAGCGGAUCGUCAAACAAUCGAGUUACCUUUAGUGGACACAAAACAAAAUAGACGAAAAUGCAACAAAUCUCAACAUAUAAAAGCUGUUAGUGGACACCUAGACCAUCUUUCAAAAAUCAUUGAACGUAAAAAUUUCCAAAAUUAUACUAAAAUGUCUCUUGACAAUCAGGGUUUGAAGCAACAACAUGAGGCAAUUCUAGAAUCCAUUUGCACCUACGAGACUGUUCAAGUUACGACAGACUCCGUCGAAUAUGUCGACAUGAUUUAUAUUAGCGGUCUUCAAAUUAAUAAAACUUACGCUUUCACCAAAAUACCGACUUCUAAUGAAUACGACGAAUUUUGGAAAGCAAUAUGGACGGAGAAUAUUUGCUACAUUGUAUUGUUUGAAGACAUCCACACAAAGGACAAAUCCGACGUUAAACUAUACUGGCCCACCGAAGGCAAAAACGUCUAUGGUGAUGUCACCGUACAGUGUACUACGUCUGAAGAUCAUCACUUGUUUAACCACAAUAAAUUUACCAUACAAUUUAAAAACAAAUCUCGACAGAUCGAGCAACUACAUUUCCGCCUAGAGUCAGACGACGGAUUUUAUUUAUUCUCCCUUAAUUACGUAAACUUUUUUCAAAAAAUGAGCAAAAUUCCUCAUUCUUGCGAAUCACCGAUUCUGGUCCACAGCAGUUCGGGAAUGAGAGGGGUCGGUUUCGUUCUGCUUUGUGACAUGUCUUUGAGGACAGCCACGAAAGACGGAGCAGUAGAUGUGAUGGCAAAUCUCAAAAACCUCACACAGUACACUUCGGAGUUGAUGGUGGAUUUCGACCACUACGUAGCGGCUCACACCGUCAUCGCCGAUUGUCUUCGCUACAUUGACACGACCAUAAAGUGCAACGAGUUCGACGUUAACAAAGAAAAACUUUUCGACAAGGCUGAAAUCCAGAAGCAUCUUCAUUAUCUGCAGGAUACUGAGUGGUUAGAUCGAAUUAAAUACGAUGACGACGAGCGCUACGCUCAAGCGAUCCGUCCAGACGAAUUGCUCCCCGCUCCUUGCACUUCUGGAGACGCUGAUUCUUUAUUGAAACGGUUCAAGAUUGUCAAAGUUUACGGUUUUAAAACUCAGAAAAAGUUUAUAGUGUUGUAUGAACCUAAAGGGAGACCCUUGUGCGAACUUUUGAAUUUAGUACAAGAUGAAAGUGUGGCAGCAAUUGUGACUCUUAACAAAGAGAUUUUCUUGUGGCCUAACGAAAACCACCCUGUGAUAGAAAUAAACAGAGACGUCAAAUUAGAGCAUCAAAUGACAAGACUCUUGAAAAGUUGCGAUUGGAUAACUGUGAAAGUGACCACUGCAACUGCAACUCAAAUUGUUGAAGUAAUAUAUUUGAAGAACUUGUUGACGCCGAUCCCAUCUUUGCCAAAGGCUGAGAAUUUCAUAAAUUUUGUUCACGAAUCUGACGAGAUUUUUAAAAACGUCGAAAUGGUGCUGAUUGCAGAGGGGGGAAACUUAACUACGUCUGGUUUAUAUAUUGCUCUUACGUACGUCAUUCAAAAAAUUAAAACUAAGGGGAUAUACGAUAUUUGUGGCAGUGUUAGAAUGCUUCGACGUCACUCUGAGAAUUUUGUUGUGAACAAAAAGCAUUACGUGUUUCUAGUAGAAGCGGCCCACAACUACCUGAAGGAAUUUAGUUUAUAUGAAAAGAGAUAAUGUAAUCAUUAUAUCUGUAAGAAAAUUAUAAAUGUUUUUAAAAAAUAAAA